GGGUUGUUAGCCCAGGAAAGGUGGGGGUAAGGGGCUGAGAUGGGGGUAUAAAGUGCAGUACCCAGAUAUGAGCGGGCACUCGGACCAGACCAGGCAGGCAAGAUGCUGGUGGACGUGGUGUGGCUGGCUGUGCUGGCUCUGUCUCUUCCUGCACUGUGUCAGUGUGACCCACUGUUUGUUCUGACUGCGCCAAACCUGCUGCGGGUGGGCAGCAAGGAGAAUGUCUUUGUGGAGGCGCAGGAGUAUGCAGGAGGUGACCUCAAAGUGGAAAUUAUGGUGAAGAACUUUCCAGCAAAAACCCGAGAGAUCCUCUCCAAGACUGUGACGCUGACUGCAGCCAACAACUUCCAGGCUUUGCAAGAAAUCCUAAUCCCAGAUGAUGAUGAUAUUUUUGACAAAGAGUCACAACUCCAACAGUUUGUCUAUCUGCAAGCAAAGUUUCCCCAGCGUCAGCUGGAGAAAGUCAUUCUUCUCUCUUUCCAAUCUGGAUACAUAUUUGUGCAGACAGAUAAGACCAUCUAUACCCCAGCGAGCACUGUUCGUUACAGGGUCUUUGCCUUGAACCCUGGUCUGGAGCCAGUCACAUCUGGUGUUUCUGUGGAAAUCAUGACACCUGAUGGAAUCACAAUUCAGAAAGACCUUGUUUAUCCAGACAAUGGGAUGAAAUCUGGACAGUACCAGCUCCCAGAGAUUGUCAGUAUAGGGACCUGGAAGGUGGUGUCAAGAUUCCAACACACCCCACAGAAGAAUUUUACAGCUGAUUUCGAGGUGAAGGAGUAUGUGUUGCCAAGUUUUGAGGUCAAGAUUGUGCCAGAACAGGCUUUUUUCUACGUUGAUGAUGAUGCUCUGUCUGUCGACCUAACCGCAAGGUACCUCUAUGGGAACGAUGUAACAGGGAAGGCAUUUGUGGUGUUCGGAGUGCUGACCGAAGAAGGAGAGAAGAAGAGUUUCCCUGCAUCUCUGCAGAAAGUGGAUGUCAUAGCAGGAAAGGGCAAGGCCACACUGAGAAGAGAGCAUAUUCUGAAAUCCUUCCCAGACAUCAACCAGCUCCUUCAGUUGUCCUUAUAUGUGUCUGUCAGUGUACUGACAAGCAGUGGCAGUGAAAUGGUGGAGGCAGAGAAGAGGGGAGUCCUGAUAGUGACCUCACCCUACAGCAUCCACUUCCACAAGACUCCCACCUACUUUAAACCAGGGAUGCCAUUUGAUGUUGUUGUUUACGUCACAAACCCAGACGGCACCCCUGCCAAUGGCAUUGAUGUGGAGGUGACACCAGGGCGAGUUUUGGGCAGGACCCAGGAAAACGGGGUCGCCAAGUUAACCAUCAACACCCAAGGAGGGGCUAACAGUAUGAAAAUCACUGUGAGGACAAAGGCCCCUGGCAUACUUGAGCAGCGGCAGGCUGUAAAGGAGAUGACAGCCCAACCAUAUAAGACAAAGGGCAGCUCCAAGAACUACCUGCACGUAGGCAUCCAGGCAGCUGAGCUGGAGAUUGGAGACAACCUGCGCAUCAACCUCAACCUGGGGAACAGCCCUGGUGUUCAGGAUCAGAUCAAGCACUUCACAUACUUGAUAAUGAAUAAAGGGCAACUUGUCCGUGCAGCAAGGCAUGAAAGACUGAGAGGACAGUCACUGGUGACGAUAUCGCUUCCAGUAACUAAGGACAUGAUCCCCUCCUUCCGCUUUGUGGCGUACUACCAUGUGGGAACAGAGGUGGUGUCAGACUCUGUCUGGGUGGACGUGAAGGACACAUGCAUUGGAACGCUCAAAGUGGUCUCCACUAGACCUAAGGAUAUCUAUGAGCCUCGCAAGCCCUUCGGCUUGACCAUCACCGGUGACCCAGGUGCAAAAGUGGGACUUGUGGCUGUGGACAAAGGAGUUUACGUCCUCAACAGUCAGCAUAGAUUGACACAAACAAAGAUCUGGGACGUCAUUGAAAAGCACGACAUUGGCUGUACGGCUGGAAGUGGCGCAGACAGCAUGGCAGUUUUCUAUGACACUGGACUGGUGUUUGAAUCCAGUCUUGGUGGAACCAAAUCUAGAACAGACCCCCAAUGCCCUGCUCGCCCUAAGGCUCGCAGACGGCGCUCACUCUCACUGAUCGACCUGAAAACGUCACUAGCAAGUAAUUACUCUGGGUUGGCGAAGCAGUGUUGUCAGGAUGGAAUGGUGGAGAGUCUGAUGGGCUACACAUGUGAGCGGCGCUCCCAGUUCAUCAUCGACGGAGAAGAGUGCGUGAAAGCCUUCCUGCACUGCUGUUCAGAGGUGGACCAGAAACACGACGAGGCCAGAAAAGAGCAGCUGGCCCUGGCACGCAGUGAUGAAGAGGAGGAGAACUACAUCAGCAGUGAUGACAUUGUGUCCCGCACGCAGUUCCCUGAGAGCUGGCUAUGGGAGGAGGAGACACUGCCGCAGUGCCCUCCAGACAGGAGAGAUUGUGUAUCUACGUCAGUGACAAAGAACAGCUUCCUGAAGGACUCAAUCACCACCUGGGAAAUCACUGCUAUCAGCCUGUCCAAAACUCAUGGAAUCUGCGUGGCAGAUCCCCUUGAGAUGAAGGUGAGGAAAGACUUCUUCCUCGACCUGAAGCUGCCGUACGCUGCAGUACGAAACGAGCAGUUGGAAAUCAAAGCUGUUCUUUACAACUACCUUGAUGAGAAAAUAACGGUUCGGGUGGAGCUGAUGGAGACAGAGGAGGUGUGCAGUGCAGCCAGCCAGAAGAGGAGGUAUCGCAUGGAUGGUAUUGAAAUGGACCCCAUGUCCUCACGCGCGGUCCCCUUUGUCAUCAUCCCUAUGGCCCUGGGACAGCACUCCAUCGAGGUCAAGGCUGCUGUCUUUGACUCCAGUCUCACUGAUGGUGUCAAAAAGGACCUUCGUGUGGUGGCUGAAGGAGUGAAAACGGAAAAGGAAAUUGUAACUGUGGUUCUGAAACCAGCUGACCAUGGUGGUGUCCAGACACAGAAGAUUGAACAUACAAAGGUGACCAACCAGGUGCCAGGCUCACCUUCGCAGACUUACAUCAGCGUGACAGGAGAGCCGCUGGGUGUGACCGUUCAAGCGGCCAUCAGCGGCGACCCCAUGGGCAGCCUCAUAAGGCAGCCCGGGGGCUGCGGUGAGCAGAACAUGAUCAGUAUGACCAGCCCUGUCAUCGCCACACACUACCUGGACAAAACCGGCCAGUGGGACAGAGUUGGGGUAGACAGCCGUGCCAAAGCCAUCAAAUACAUCACAAUGGGGUACACUCAACAGCUGGCAUAUCGCAAAACUGAUGGCUCCUACGCCGCUUGGAUCAAAAGACCAUCCAGCACCUGGCUGACAGCAUAUGUAGCCAAAGUGUUCAGCAUGGCAUACAGUCUCAUCAGCAUCCAGGAGGAUGUGAUCUGUAGCGCACUCAAGUGGCUGGUCCUGAAUGCACAGCAGCCAGACGGCAUUUUCAAAGAGGAUGCCCCAGUUAUCCACGGAGAAAUGGUGGGUAAUGUGCGUGGGAAAGACGCUGACGCAUCACUGACUGCGUUCGUCCUGAUUGCCAUGCAGGAGGCACGUUCCAUCUGUGUGGAGAGAGUAAAUAGCCUGCCUGACAGCAUGAAGAAAGCCAGUGAGUUCCUGUCUCGCAGAAUCAACACCCUGACCAACCCCUACGCCGUGGCCAUGACCUCCUACGCUCUGGCCCUCGAGGGAAAGCACCAGCUGCCCACCCUGCUCCGCUUCGCAUCCGCUGACAGAACACAUUGGCAGGUCCCCGGUGGUCACCGUUUCACGCUGGAGGCCACAGGCUAUGCUCUGAUGGCUCUGGUCAAGGCUAAGGAGUUUAACCAGGCUGGUAGCGUGGUGAAAUGGUUGUCUGAGCAGCAGAGACAUGGUGGAGGCUUUGGGUCCACCCAGGCCACCAUCGUAGUCUUCCAGGCUGUGGCUGAGUACAAGACGGAAGUGUCCGACAUUACGGACAUCGACUUACAAGUGAGCCUUGACAUCAGUGGUCGUUCCAGACCUGUCAAGUGGACCUUCAACAAAGAGAACGCCUAUGUGACUCGCUCGGAGAAGACUCGGGUUGACCAAGACCUGCAAGUCACUGCCAAAGGAACUGGCCAGGGGACCAUGUCCGUGAUGACCUUAUACCACGCUUUGCCAGAGGAAAAGGACACAGACUGCAAGAACUUUGACCUGCAGGUUAAGAUAGAGAAACAGCCAGAAGUUGGUGAUGAGAACGCACUGGAAACAUACAAGAUGACAAUUGAGAUGACGUACCUGUCUCCAGAGAGAGAUGCCACCAUGUCUAUACUGGAUAUUACCAUGCUCACAGGAUUCAUUGCAGACAAGAAAGAUCUCGAAAGGUUAACCUCUGGAAGAGACCGGUACGUCCAGAAGAUUGAGACAGACAAACAGCUGUCUGACAAGGGCUCCCUCAUUUUCUACCUGGAUAAGGUUUCUCACAAGCUGUCUGACAAAGUGGUCUUCAGGGUACACAAGAUGACCGAAGUGGGGCUGCUUCAACCAGCUGCUGUCACCCUGUAUGAGUACUAUGCUAUGGAAAACCGCUGCAUGAAGUUUUACCACCCACAGAAGAAAGAUGGAGCCCUGAACAGGAUCUGCCAUGAGGAGGUGUGCCGGUGUGCGGAAGAGAACUGCAGUUACCAGAAGAAACAGAAAGCUGAUGAUUUGGACCGUCUGACAUCAGCCUGUGAAGCUGGCAUGGACUAUGCUUACAAAGCCAAAGUGCUUCACGCUGACCUGACUCCAACUUUAGAUCGCUUCACAAUUCGGGUAGAGGAAGUCAUCAAAGAAGGCACUGACACUGGUGUGAUUGGGAAAGAGCGAUUAUUUAUGGCCCAUCCCUACUGCAGAGAGGCAAUAGAUCUGAGAGAAGGAAAGACCUACCUGAUCAUGGGCAAAUCCGAUGACCUCAUCAAAGGAAAGGACAGGUUGCUGUACAUGCUGGGUGGAGGCACCUGGAUUGAGUACUGGCCCACGGAGGCAGAGUGCCAGGAACCUCAGUACCGUGAUACCUGUGUUGGCAUCACCACUGCCGCUGCAGAUCUCCAAACCUUCGGAUGUCCCACCUAAACUCGUGUCAACGUGCUCACUUUGUUUUUUUAUUAUCGAUAUUAUUCGUUUUUACCAAAGAAAUUUAUGUGCCCUAAAUGUGUAUUGGAUUUGCGGUGACAUUCUGAAUUUGACAUCCCCUCUCCAGAGUGCAAAAUGAGGCAAAUAAAAGGAUGUAACACAGGA